CUCAGCUUCACAUCAAAAUUGUUUCUCUCACAGCCUUUGAAAUAACUAACUUCACAAAAAAAAACACAUGAUUAGAUUGCAUUUAAAGGCGCUGGAAAUGGAAGAAUUGGAUGCCUGCUUUUCUGAUACACAACUGUUCAAAGUUCCAAGUGAAUUUAUUAUUAAAGUAGGUAGAUAUUACCCUGAGACCCACUUCCUUCCAGGCGUUCGCAAUACAAUAGGACCAAUGAAAAACCACGAUCAAAGACUAACAGGCAAACAUUGAGCAAAAGAAGACAAACGGGGCACAUACAAAGAAGAGUAAUAAAUAAACAAGUAAAUAAUAGAGAGCAUGAAUGAUAGAGGCCUUGAAAUCAAUGAGGCCAUGGGUUGUGGAAUCAGCUCAGUGUUGAGCUGAGUGAGGCUACACGUGCUGGUUCGGCAGCCUGAUGGUUGACGGGCAAUAAUUAUCCCCUGUCUGCUGGUGUGGGGUCCGAGGCUCCUGUACCUCUGCCCGAUGGCAGCAGCGAGCAGAAAGCACGGCCUGGAUGGCGGGUGUCUCUGAAGAAGGAUGCUGCUUUCUUGUCGCAGUGCUCCUUGUAGAUGUGCCCAGUGGUGGCAGGGCGUUCCGUCUGAUGGACAUGAGCUGUAUUUACCACCUUUUGUAGGCUUUUCCACUCUUGGGCCUUGGCGUUUGCAUACCAGGCCAUAAACGCAACCAGUCUUCACUGUGAUUAUUCUCAGCGUUUUAAACGACAUGCCAAACAUGUGCAAACUUUGAAGUAAGAGGCGUUGUAGUGCAGUUGCUUGCUGGUUGAAGGGCAGAUGCUCUCAUUUGAUAAAGCCACGUGAUUUAAAGUUAGUGACCCUCUCCCCUCUGAUCCCUGAUGAGAACUGGCUCCUGGACCCCUGGUUUCUUCAUUCCAACAUAUUUCCACCAGACUCCUCGGUUCAUGACCACAAUUCAAAUCAUACCACAUCGCCCAGAAUUAUCUUUUAUUCAUUCAGGGGAUGCGGGGCUUGCAGGCCGAGCCAACAGUUGAUUGUCCGUGAGAAUUCCCCCGGUAUGGGAAGGGUGUUGAAGGGGCUGCAGAAGAGGUAUAUCAGGAUGCUGCACCCUGUAAGCAGAGCUAAGACAAACGAGGCAGGGAAGAAACUUACAAAGCUAUGAGAGGCAUAGAUAGAGUGGACAACUGUAUCUUUUUUGCAGGGUUGGAAUGUCUAAUUCUAGAGGGCAUAUACUUAAGGUGAGAGGAGAAGGUGUGUGGAGCACAUGUUUUACACAGAGAGUGGGGACACAAGAGAGGCAUUUCAGAAGCUCAUAGAUGAACAUGCAGAGAAGGUAGCGAUAUGGGCUAUGUGCAAACAGAAAGGAUUAGAUGUCAUUAACUCAAUUAAUUUGACACAACACCGUUGUCCAAAUGAUUAGUUGUACUGAUCAACACACUCAAAAUGCUGGAGGAACUCAGCAGGCCAGGCAGCAUCUACAGAAAAGAGUACAGUGAACGUUUUGGGCCUGUACUCUUCCAGGUUGAAGAAGAGGGCGGGGAACAUCAUAAAGGACUCCUUCCAUCCUGCGCACGGACUGUUUGAACUGCUUCCGUCUGAUUAAACCAGGUGUUUCUCCAUCCUGCCAAUUGCAACCCAAGCCCGCCGGUCUAUCACUCCAUCCCGGCGUGUAAAGUGAUUGAAAGGGCUGAUGAACAGCGCGGCGCACAAGUCAGCGGAGAGCAAGGCAGUCUGUAAUGGCAGCAGGAACAGAGGGUUUGGAAGGUAUAGUCCUAGGACCAAGCCAGAUCAGCAUGUCUGUCACUGACACCACCGCAUGGGCCACAGCCAUGAACAACCUGGGGAUCACCCCAGUGCCAUUGGUAUCAGAUCCCAUCUGCAUGCCUGCAUUCGAACAUGGCCUGGGGCUCGUGGCUGGGAUGGCUCCAGUUAACCCAACCAUGACUGGGAUAGGUUUGCUGCGACCAGUUGUUCCCCAAGAAUUGCCGGUGGUGAAGGAAAUCAUCCACUGUGCCAGGUGCACACUCUUCCCUGCAAAUCCGAACCUGCCCCCUCCAGCAACCCGGGACCGACCGCCCGGCUGCAAGACGGUGUUUGUGGGAGGCUUGCCAGAAAACGCCACAGAGGAAGUCAUUCGGGAGGUUUUCGAGCAGUGCGGCACCAUCACGGCCCUUCGCAAAAGCAAGAAGAACUUCUGCCACAUCCGCUUUGCUGAGGAGUUUAUGGUGGACAAGGCCAUCUACCUGUCAGGGUACCGAAUGAGGCUGGGUUCAAGCACGGACAAGAAGGACACUGGCCGCCUGCACGUGGACUUUGCUCAGGCCAGGGACGACUUUUACGAGUGGGAGUGCAAGCAGCGGAUGUUUGCGCGCGAGGAGCGCCAUAGGCGCAUGUUGGAGGAUGAGCAACUGCGGCCGCCCUCACCGGCACCCAUCAUGCACUACUCCGAGCACGAGGCCAGCCUGAUGACCGAGAAGCUGAAAGAUGAGAGCAGGUUCUCGGAAGCCACCUCAGUGCUGCUGGCCUGGUUCGAGCGCGGCGAGGUGACAAGGCGCUCAGCCAACAACUUCUAUUCCAUGAUUCAGUCGGUGAACAGCCACAGCCGGAGACUGAUGAGCGAGAAGGCAGCUCACGAACAGGAAAUGGAGGACGCAAAGGAGCGGUUCAAGAAUGCCCUGGCAGGGAUCCUGACUGGACUUGAGCAGAUUGUGGCCGUUUUCAAGGCUGCUUCGAAGCAAAAGGCAUGGGACCAUUUCUCCAAAGCUCAACGCAAGAACAUUGAUAUGUGGCGAAAGCAAGCUGAGGAGGUCAGAAAUGCACACAGUGAGGAACUUAUGGGAAUUCGUCACGAAGAAGAGAUGGAAAUGUCUGAUGACGACUGUGAAGAAAGCCCAUCUAAGAGCCCCAGUGCAGAUGAAUCAGCUCUGGCUGCCCAAGCCCGUGCGCUGAAGGAGGAGAACGACAGUCUGAGGUGGCAGCUGGACGUGUACAGAAAUGAGGUGGAGCUGCUGAAGCAGGAGCAGGGGAUCUUCUACCAAACAGACACGAGCCACCCCAAGGAUCAGCAGCUGCAGUUCCAACAGCAGGCAAUGCAGGGCAUGCAACAGCAACUACUUGCUCUGCAGGAGGAAUACAGGAAGAAGGAAUUGGAACUGGAGAAAGUAAAGGAGGAAAAGGCACAAGUACAAGCAUUGCUUGCAAGUCUCAAAGAAAAGAGGUCGAAUGCAUUCACCCAGAGCCGGACGACCAGCGAGGGAGAUGCUGCCACUCGAUCCCUCAAAUCAGAGAAAGAAGCUUUAUUAGUGGGUAUCAUAUCAGCAUUCCUUCAUGUGCACCCGUUUGGAGCCAACAUCGAAUACCUGUGGUCUUACCUGCAGCGACUGGAUGCCAAGAUAUCUUCAGGGGAAAUCGAGACUCUUCUCCUACAACUGCCAAACAUGUUCAAGCAGGAGUUCACUGGCGUUGGCGCCACGCUGGAGAAAAAAUGGAAGUUCUGUGGUUUCGAAGGAAUCAAGUGUGUCAGCCAAUGACCUGAAAUGGUGUACCACAACGAAAAGCAAAACUCCAUGGAUUUCAGAUUUCAUUCAGGUUUAUGCAUCAAGCGUGAGAUUGGACGAUUGUGGAUUAAAUCCUGCCUGGACCUGAGGUCUAAUUGCCAUUCCUACCAUGUCUCCAGCGGCCGGUAACCUCACUGUACCCUGGUGCCUGAUGAGCAGAACAUGGUGACCUUUGUUCGACAGACUUUGGGCUUUAAACCAUGAAGAGGGAAGGGAAAGGCAGAGAGCGUGGGGAGGGGUCGGUCAGGUAGGUGGGGGUGCUGCAGGAGGGGUGGGCUUGUCAAUGAACUGUGGGAAAUAAAGGUGGAAGAAGCUGAAAUCUGUGAGGAUAUUGGAACAGACAUGGGGCUUGGAUGGAGGGGGGAAAGGUGGGGGAAGGCAGGGAAGCGGAGUCCGGAUCACCAGGCAGAAUACUGAACUUCGAUCUCCCAGUUCAGCUUUGUUGUGGCGAAGCAGCUCUCUACGUGAGCCAGAAGCUUUGAACGUUCCCCUCUGGAGCAGCGGCAGGAGUUCAUGGUCCAUCCCACGUCAGUGCCUUCCUUUCUGAUGCGCCCGGCCGACUGGGAGCCAGCAGCUGCUUUGGUCGUAUACUGGAACCCUGCACAGAGACAAGUUGUUAAACACCUUCAACACUAAUCAGGCCUUCGGUGCUGCGGAGGGGAGGCAGAAUAAAAUUGGGCUGGUGUACCCAUCCGGGUGAGGUGAGGGCCGAGCUGGAUGUGGGCGGGGAGAGGUGGCAGGUGGUCGGUGGACCCAUGGAGGGAGGUGAGUACAUGAAGCCUCUGGUAGGGGUCCAGUGCUGGGACUAGCCGACGAUAGGUGUUGGCGUAGCUUCACUCGGCCUGCCCUGUGCCAGCCAUCCUGCGAACCCCGACUAUAAAUCAUGUCUUUGUCACAAGGAGACUCGCUACAGGAAUGCCCAGUCAAAACGAUCCAGAAAUUGUCUUUAUCCCAUCUGUCUGCAGAACUUAAAUCAGCUUUGAGUUUCUUAAUUUUUAAAUGGUGCAAAUGAAUGUCUGAGCAUUCCUUCUGUCCCUCCUCUCCACUUCUGACCAUUAAGUCUGCUCAUCACACGGAUGCAGAAGUAUUGCCCAUGUGGAAUUUGGAAAUAAAUUAUUUUUCUGAAAGUUUA